UGUCAGUUUAUUUCAUUGUACCACAUCAAAAAUGUAAUGUCAUAAGUGUUGGUCCAGACCUCUUGAAGUAAAGUAGAGGUCAAAGGUUGUCUUCUUCCAAGAUGAGCAUGUCAGGAUGCUAAUGUCCCAUUCAAAGCACAGCAAACAGUCGCCGCCGUAAAAAACAAUCGUCACCUCUGACCGCCUUUUCCCACCAUUGAUCCCUGGCCGUCCUCCCAGCUUGAGGGUAAGUGUGACAAUCCUCUUCCUCAAAAAGGCAUUUUGAGGGUGAAAAAGUCUGCAUUCGGGGCCUGAAUGCUGAAAAUGGUUCAUUUCGUACGGUGUGCGGUUCAAAGGUUGCCCCCAUUUUGGUCCUACAUGGCAGCUUUUGGCCUCUUUGGAUCGCACGCACAGACGCAGCUUUAGGGUCAAACACGGCAGCUCCACUUGGACACAGAAAGACUUAAACAUCAGGUUACGGUGACAUGAAAUGGAAGUCCUCACACUCCUGCUGAUGAUGAUUCUACUUCCUGUGCAUUCCUGCAUGUUGCAAAUCAGACCUGAGAAGCUCCCUGUCGCUGUUGGCAAGAAGGACCAUAUGGAUGCGCAUGAAGACGCAGAGGUGGAUCAAACAGAGACAGUAAACAAAGAGGAGGAUGUUGAUGCCAACCUUAGAGAAGACCUGAUGAGGGAAGAACAAGAGAGCAGGCUGGUUGCAGGGAUCAUUCCUCUUGAGAUCCAAACUCCAAUUGCACGUGCCUUCAAACAACGUAAGGAAGAACUUAGCAACACACUUUCUGCACAGCUGGGUGAAGAAUCUGAGAUCCACAUCCUUCGUCAUAGUUCUCCUCAUCAUCCUCCAGCAUCUUUUGGUAACCCCGCUUCUGACACCAAAGUCACUCUUGACUGGUCCCCUCCGCCUCCUGUCAAUCACAAGUCCAUCUCGCUAAUGGAAGAUGUCCUCACUGAGGUCCUGCAGAGUCCGGGACAUUACUCUGAGCACACUGGUCCUAACAUAGAAAACGGAAUGGUGCGAAAUCUAUUGAGGACACCAGUGAGGAAGCACCACCAAAAUGUGGAGAGAGAAAAAACUAACACCGUCGGAGUAGAAGGAGCAACAGGAAAUCCCAAAAAAGCUAAACUGACAAAGUUAAAGACUUUCGAAAUGCCACCAGUCAAGACUAAAAAACAUGGAAGAAAAAAAAAGGUUAAAAAACACAAAAAAACAAAGAAGACUACAAAAAAGCAACAUUUUCCUUACUUCCUGGACAACUACUGUCCUCCAGAUUGUGCCUGCUAUGGAGGGGUGGUCCAAUGUUCCGACAAAGCAUUGGACAAAAUUCCAUACGGCAUCCCCUACAGUGUCCGCUACGUCCUCCUGAUGAACAACCAAAUCGACAGCAUCCCGCUGGACCUACUCAGGGACUAUGUCUCCAUGGAGUUCCUGGUCCUGACCAACAACCGGCUCACAGACGGCACCAUAGAGGGUGCGUUCGAGGGCAUUCCGGCCUUGAAGCGUCUCUACCUGGAUCGGAACCUCUUGGUGAGCGUGCCGCCAGAUCUUCCGGGUUCUCUUGAGGAGCUCCGCCUGGACAAUAAUGGCCUCAGUGUGAUGUCAGAGGCGUCCUGGGCUCAGUGUCCUGGUCUCUUGGUGUUAAGUCUCAGAAACAACACCCUGGGUCACGGAUCAGGAUGUCUUCUGGAUGCAGUGCUUUCUCCUCUGUACCGCCUGCAAACUUUGAACCUGGACCUCAACCAGUUGACCUCGGUUCCCCUGAGGUUGCCUCUGUCCGUCAAGGAGUUGUACCUCAGGGGGAACCUCAUUGAACAUUUCAGUGGGAAGGCCUUUGAUGGUAAAUCCCAGCUGGUUGUGCUGGAUCUGAGUGCUAACCGACUGACCAAUAAGGGUCUUCCCAAAGACGCUCUCCUCAACGCGAGCAACCUGGAGAGUCUCAACCUGGAAGGAAACCGACUCAAACAAGUACCGCGGCACCUUCCCUUGUCCUUGAAGACCUUAAACCUUGAGUGCAACCUCAUCUCCUCUGUUAAACAAGGGGCGUUCAACAGCUUGAAGAACCUGGAACACCUAGGCCUGGCUAGGAACAAAAUCUCCAAAGUGGUUCCGGGCGCCUUCCGAAGUUUGUCUGCCUUGCACCAGUUAGACCUCAGCCACAACACUUUGAAUUACGUACCCAGGCAGCUACCGCAGGGUCUCCACUCAGUAGCGCUCACUCACAAUAAGAUCCACACUGUGCCGCGGGACGCCUUCUGCUGGGGCCCUGCAGGUUCUGGCCUCAGCAGGCUGGUCCGAGUCCAGUUGGAGAGCAACUUGAUUGACAUGGCCAAGCUGGAUUCAAAGGCUUUCAGGUGCUUGAGAGGCUUCCAGGUUGUACAUUUUCACUGAACCAGAGGACAUUCAAACAUACAAAUGAUUAUA